AUGGCAGCGUCUACCACGGGCAAACAACACCCGCUUCCAUCCAGCAAGCCGGGCAGCGAACCGUUGGACGUCUUCGGCCAAGAAGACCACCAUGACAUCAAAUACAAGAGGCUCUCGUGGCCGUUGGUCGCCGUCCUCAUGAUUGCCGAGAUUGUCUCCAACGGCAUGCUCUCUCUGCCCUCGUCGCUGGCCGUGGUCGGCAUGGUGCCCGGCCUCAUCAUCAUCGUGUUCCUCGGCGUAUUCGCCACGUAUACGUCCCGGCUGCUGGUCGAGUUCAAGCUGCGCCACCCCGAGGUGCACACCAUGGGCGACGCCGGCUACAUCAUGUUUGGGCCGGUAGGCCGCGACGUCAUGGCCUUUGGGACCUGCUGCUUCUCCAUUUUCGCGUCGGGCGGCCAGAUGCUCUCUGGCCAGAUUGCCCUGGCCUCGCUGAGCGAGAACAAGCUGUGCCUGAUGCUGUACACGGGCAUCUUUGCCGUGCCCACGCUGCUUUUCUCGCUGCCGAGGACGUUCCACGGUCUGAGCUGGAUCUCCAUCGCGAGCGUUUUGAGCAUCUUUGUUGCCGGCGUCGUCGCCAUGGCUGCCGCGGGCAUCUCGCCGGAUCCGAGCAGAACCGUCCAAGUAGCGGUGCCGUCCAACUUUUACACUGCAUUUAUAUCCAUCACCAACCCGGUCUUUUCGUUUGCCGGUCACUUCAUGUUCUUUGUUCUCAUGUCGGAGAUGAAGGAGCCGCAGCACGCCAUGCGCGCGGCCUACACCCUGCAGUCCUUUGCCACCGUUUUUUAUGCCGUUUUUGCCGGCGUCACCUACGGCUAUAUUGGAAGUACCGUCCAGUCGCCUUCCUUCUCAUCCCUGUCUCCUCGCUGGCAAAAGCUAUGUUGGGGGCUUGCCUUGCCGAAUCUUCUGCUUGCCGGCUCUCUGUUCGCGCAUACAGCCAGCAAAGUCAUCUUUGUCAGGAUUUUUCGCCAUUCCAAGCAUUUGCACAGCCACACAUUGCUAGGUUGGGCAGUCUGGAUCUCACUGGUUCUGCUCACCAACGCCUUGGCCUUUUUGCUCGCCGUCGGCGUUCCCAUCUUCAACUACUUGAUCGGAAUCGCUGCAUCGCUCUUCGCCGCGUGGUUUACGUACGGCAUGGCUGGCAUGUUCUGGCUGCACGACUCAUAUCACUACGGUCCCGGUUUCUAUGCUUGGCGAAAACAAUGGGGGCAAGCUCUUCUCGCAGUGGCAACAAUUCUGUCCGGCGCUUUCAUAUGCGUUGCAGGCCUUUAUGUCACCAUUCGUGCCAUUGUCGAUGCCUAUGCCGGCCAUCAGCUCCCUCCUCCAUUUACCUGUUAA